UAUUUCCUCGUUCAUUCAAAAUUUAAAAAAUUAUCUCAAAACCAAUCCAAAGAAGAAAGAAAAAGAAAGCACAAAACAGAAGACAGAGAGCACAGAGAGACUAACAAUGGAGAGAAGCACACCAGUGAGGAAGCCUCGCAGAGACACUCCCGAUAUGCUGACGUGGAAAGAGGUCCCACAGUCCGACUCUCCCGCCACCGCCCCCUCCGGUCACCGCUCUCAUCAGCCGUCAGAUGGAAUCAGCAAGGUGCUCCAUGGAGGUCAGAUCACUGAUGAAGAAGCUCAGAGCCUCAACAAACAGAAGCCUUGUUCAGGCUAUAAAUUGAAGGAGAUUACUGGUAAUGGCAUAUUUGCUGCUGGUUCAGGCAACAAUGCUGCACCAGAAUCUAAUGAUGCUAGUAACAAAACAGGGCUUCGUAUUUACCAGCAAGCACUCAAUGGAGUUAGUCAAAUAUCAUUCAGUGUUGAUGAACAUGUCACACCCAAGAAGCCGAUCACCAUUCCUGAGGUUGCAAAGCAGCGUGAAUUGAGUGGGACAUUGCAAUCAGACUCGGAUUCGAAAUCCAACAAGCAUAUAUCAAAUGCCAAGUCCAAGGAGCUCACUGGAAAUGACAUCUUUGGUCCUCCUCCUGAAACUGUGCCUCGAUCUGUGGCUGCCGUGCACACCCUGGAAACUAGAGAAACCAGAGAAAUGGGGGAACCUGCACCCCGAAAUCUACGCACGUCUGUCAAAGUUUCAAAUCCUGCUGGAGGUCAGAGUAAUAUCAUGUUCAGUGAGGAACCUGUUGUCAAGACUUCAAGGAAAAUACAUAACCAGAAGUUUGCUGAGCUGACAGGAAAUAAUAUAUUUAAGGGAGAUGUUCCUCCAGGAUCUGCUGAAAAGCCCCUCAGCACAGCUAAGCUGAGAGAGAUGAAUGGUAGCAACAUCUUUGCUGAUGGAAAGGCAUCAUCCAGAGACUAUCUGGGUGGUGUUCGCAAGCCCCCUGGUGGAGAGAGCAGCAUUGCCUUGGUGUAACUCAUAAUCUCUGACUUGUUUACUCUGCUUUAUCAUCAAAUAAAAGUUGGUCGCGUCAUAUCCUAGUGUGAACUCUGUGUUCUGACAUUUAAACCCUUCUUGCCAUUUUGGGUUCUGAAGUGGUGGGUGUGAGACUGAGUGGUAGCCAUACAUUUAUAUACAUCGUUAGGGCAUGAAAUGUAGUCAGAAAAAUGCAGGAGGUUCGGCUAGUUGGGUUAUUACAAACAUGUUUAUGUAGCUUGGUUGUUUCAAGUUUGUGUUUA